UUUUAAUCGCCCUGGACAGCGGCCAGCUUCACUCGUAAUCUCAGCAAGUUAGAGCUCUGCGCACGUGAGCAACAACCUCAUUCCUGGAUAUAAGGCGCGAAGGACAGUGCGUGAGCUCAGCGCGCGGAGAGAAUUCGCCCUUUGUUUGUUGAGAGCAGAAGCGCGUGAGGCUGCCUGGGGAGAAGAGCGCGCGAAUGGUUUUCAAACUGUCGGGGGUAAAAUGAACCGUUAACGGCCGCUGAAAAUGAAGAGGCUUUCUCGAAAGCUGACUUUAGCUCUUGCUGCUCUGUUUUGGAUUGCCGCUUUUCUCUAUUUCAUAUUGCUGAAUAGUCGGAAAAUACUACCUGACCAAAGAAGCGAACAACCGCAAGUAAAAGAGAUCUCAGAAGCCGAGUGGGAUGACCUGCUGGAGGAAUUUGAAGAGAAAAGCUACCUCAAUGCUCACAAAUGGAGGCCAGGCCAAGACCCCUACAGCCUUUAUGCCUUCAAUCAAAGAGAGAGUGAGAGGAUACCCAGCAACAGAGCACUUAGAGACACACGACAUUACAGGUGUACAACAUUGCACUAUGACCCCAACCUGCCACCCACCACCAUAGUGAUCACGCUCCACAAUGAGGCACGAUCCAGCCUACUGCGCACAGUAAGAAGUGUGUUGAAUCGGACCCCUGUUCAUCUGAUUCAUGAGAUCAUUCUGGUGGACGACUUCAGCGAAGAUCCAAAUGACUGCCUUCUUCUCACCAAGUUGCCCAAAGUAAAGUGUCUUCGCAAUAAUCGUAGAGAAGGACUGAUCCGGUCCAGAGUUCGAGGGGCGGAUGCUGCUGGAGCUGGGAUCCUGACUUUUUUGGACAGUCACUGUGAAGUAAACAAAGACUGGCUGCCUCCAUUGCUGCAGAGGGUGAAAGAGGACCCAACCUGUGUCGCCAGCCCUGUGAUUGACAUCAUUAAUAUGGACACGUUUGCCUAUGUUGCAGCUUCCUCAGACUUGCGAGGAGGCUUCGACUGGAGUCUACAUUUUAAAUGGGAGCAACUAUCAGCUGAAAAGCAAGCCAGGAGAGCUGACCCUACAGCGCCCAUUAAAACGCCCAUCAUUGCAGGAGGACUUUUUGUGAUUGACAGAUCGUGGUUCAAUCACUUGGGAAAAUAUGACACAGCCAUGGACAUCUGGGGAGGGGAGAACUUUGAAAUCUCUUUCAGAGUAUGGAUGUGUGAAGGAAGUCUGGAAAUAAUUCCCUGUAGCAGGGUCGGCCACGUCUUCCGCAAGAAACAUCCUUACAUCUUCCCAGAGGGUAAUGCCAACACCUACAUAAAGAACACCAGAAGGACAGCCGAAGUUUGGAUGGAUGAAUUCAAACUGUUCUACUACUCAUCUCGACCAGCCGCGAGGGGGAAAUCUUAUGGAGAUAUUCAUGGAAGGCAGGAGCUCCGCAAGAGUCUCAAGUGCAAAUCCUUCAAAUGGUAUCUGGACAACGUCUAUCCAGAGCUCAAAGUCCCUGAUGAUUCAGAUGCCAAGUCUGGCGUUGUCCGACAGAGACAGAACUGUCUAGAGUCUCGUAUAUUUGAGGGGCAGGAUCUCCCAGUGCUCACACUCGCACCCUGCAUCGGCACCAAAGACGCACCAGUAGCCAACCAGGAGUGGAUCUACACCCACGGACAGCAAAUCCGCCAGCAGCAACUCUGUCUGUCCGUCUCCACCACUUUCCCUGCCUCUCAGAUCCUGCUCGUACCCUGCAACAUCAGCGACGGCAAGCAGCGUUGGCAGAAAUCUGGCACUCACCUGGAGCACCUGGCGUCUCGUUUCUGCGUGGACAGUGAGAUGGCUCUGGAUGGCAUUGAGAGCAGUAAAAUGCUUGUGAUCAGCCCAUGUGAACUGUCAGCCCAUACUCAGAGAUGGGAGAUGCCUUUCUCAUGAUCCUUCCUUCCUGGCCUCUCUUCACCUGUCAAAGCCUAGUUGAUGUCAUAGAUAGAUAGAGAAGCAGAGAGUGACAGACAGACAGAGAGAGAGAGAGAGAGAGAGAGAGAGAGAGAGAAAGAGCUCAGUGUGUACCUCCAGGAGGGGCUACAUCUGUGUCCUGCUGUCCUGCUUUAUCCACUCCCUUUGUCUCUUCAGCACACCCCAGGUAUAUGAAUGGGACUUAUUACCACUGAUAUAGUAACAUUAAUGUGUUACUUCUAAUACAAUUUAAUAGGCUUGGAUUUGAAUGCGUCUCACAUAUAGAUAAUCAGAAGAUUUUCCAGAUGAUUAUCAACAUAUAUAGUGGAUAUUUUUUUAGAUAUAAAUAGGGCUGCACGUUGCACAAUAGUCUUUGUAUCUCAAAGAUAUUAAUCAGGGUUAAUUAAAGUGGGUUGCACACUGGACACGACUGCCAGAAGACAUGGUACGUUCUAAAAUUCGAAUUUCUUUUAUAAAAGGUACCUACACAUACACUGCAGGCUUACGGUCUCUGGAGGCUGUUAACAAAUUUUUACAGUGCCACGGAGCUCAACGCUCAAAAUAGUUAAUUUGACCCAAAUCAUUAUUAAAGGACAUAGAUCAUUUACUUUAGUUAUUACUGGAUGAUAUAUUAUGUAUAAGUAUCUUUCAUAGAGACUACAUAAUGCAUUUUCAGUUAUGUUGUGUUGUGGUUUGACAGCUUGAAUGAAAGACCUAUUCAGUGCUACAUAUAUUUAGCGCCAUUUCUAAUCGUUCAGUUUGCACAGUUACACCAGUUUCAUACACAAACCUGCAAACUCAUCAACAUCAUUAAUUCAUAAAUUCUUGAAGUACCAAAACUUUCCUAACUUUGGAUUGCCAUCAGCUCGUAAUGUGUGUGUGAUAUUUGUGCCUUAGUCAUGCCAAGACCGGCUUCAGUAAAUGUUAUGUCGCCCUCUUGUGGUCUCCCAAAGCUAUUAGGAAUUCAACUGACAGUGAAUUGAAAGCACACAAUUAGGCUUCAAAUUGAAAUGUUUGCUGAUGUUAAUAUAAAAAUGUAUCGAUCAAAUAAUGUGCUGAUCAAUAAUCGAUAUAACAAUAUUUUAUGACAUCCCUAAAAGUUACUUUUAUGUUCCUAUCUGUCACUGUCAGUUGGCAAUGUAGACACACAAUUGUAAAAACAUACAUGACUGUUAUGAGGAAGUUACGGUGAAUACGGCAGUACAUUAUGCUUCCCUCAAGCAUUUUUAGCACACCGCUCAAAGUUCAAACAAUUUCAACUUUGACCUUUCGAAACAUUAACCAAUGAUUACCAGACCAUUCAGAUGAUGUAACAUUAAGUGCUGGUGCUAAAAUGCAAACAAGAUGUUCUCUGCAGCACUUUUCAUGUAUUUUAUUAAGUAGUGUGUUCAAGAGAACAAAAUUGUCACUUCUGGGGAAAUUAGAACAAAAUAAAGUUGUCUGGGAACAAAAGUGUGUCAGGCAGUUCUUGGAGGUAAUUUAAGCCAUCAUUUUGAUGACAAGCUUUGGCUCUGGAAAUUCAGAAUGACCAGAGCAACAUUUGAACAUUUGAAUUCACUCUCAUGACUAUUUUGAUGCGGAUAAUAAAUCGGUAAAUGUGUUUCCAUUUUAGUUUAAGUGCAUGUCUUGAAUAAAAAAAAUAUAUACACCUUAAGCAAAUGUGUAAGUUUAUGCACAUUUGAGAUUUUAUUUGCAUAUUAGAGUUUCCAUCCAGCAUUUUUGAGAUAUUCCAAAAUUCACACAAAAAUACAUUAAUGGAAACCCAGAUAGCAAUGCAAUUUUUUUUUUUUUUUUUUCAUUUAUAAAUAAACUGAUUUCUUCCUACCACUAUGUUAGAUGCCAAUUUUAUCAUGAUCAACCGCUGAAUUGCAAAUACAACAUUAAGGAUUUUUAAAACAGGAAAGUAUCUACACUGCUUUCAAUAAUCAACCAGAUGGAGGAAUCUCAAUAGAUAGUAUGUUAUGCAAACAUUAAAUUCAUAUUUGCCAUGAUGCCUUCAAAUACUGUCUGAUAAGACAGCAUUUUAAUUAUUUCUAUCCAGUAUAACUUAAGCAGUCUCCCUGUAUAUAUGUGCUUUGGCAGGCUGUAACCUCUGCUGAUUCUCUCCUCUGUC